AUGAGUUUCUUAUGGGAUUGGUUCACAAGUAUUUUAUCAACUCUCGGUUUACAUAAGAAAAGUGGUAAACUCGUCUUUCUGGGUCUUGAUAAUGCUGGCAAAACAACUUUGUUGCAUAUGCUUAAAGAUGAUCGACUUGCACAACAUGUACCCACAUUACAUCCAACUUCGGAAGAAUUAGUUAUGGGAAAUAUGAAAUUUACAACAUUUGAUUUAGGUGGUCAUGCUCAGGCUCGUCGUGUAUGGAAAGAUUAUUUUCCGGCUGUUGAUUCAAUUGUUUUUCUUGUUGAUGCAGUUGAUCGAGGUCGUUUUGCUGAAACGAAAGCUGAACUUGAUAGUUUAUUAACAGAUGAACAAGUAGCUAAUGCACCUAUUGUUGUCCUUGGAAAUAAAAUUGAUUUACCGGGUGCUGUCAGUGAACAAGAACUUCGUUAUGUACUUGGUAUUUCAACAGCGACAACCGGAAAAGGCAAUGUUGCACGUUCGGAUAUUGCUGGUCGUCCAAUGGAAUUAUUUAUGUGCAGUGUACUAAGACGUGAAGGUUAUGGAGAAGCCUUCCGAUGGCUAUCACAAUAUCUUUAUGGAUGUGAUAUUUGGAAAGCAGCUGAAUGUCCACCGGGACCAUCGAUAGAUGAUGAAGAUUUAAUGAAAUCACAUUUAUAUACUGAAGAACAAUUACUUGCAUAUUGUGAUUCAGGUAAAACAUAUGCAAAUUGUAUCAAUGAACAUUUACUUUGUUGUGAUAUGCGUACGGAAUAUUCAGCUGCAUUAGCAUCAAUUGAUGUUCAACUUAAACGUAAUGCAUUACGUGUUGGAAGAUAUUGUGCUGAUAUUAAUGAAACAAAUCCAAUACAAUAUAAAUGUCGAACAACAAUACAAACAUUACCAGGUAAAAGAUAUCGUUCCACAACUACAGCAACACCUGUGUGUAAUUUAGAAAAAGCUGGAAAACAAUGUAGUCCAAUAAUUGAAAAUCGUGUUCGAUUUGAUCGUCGAUGGUCGGCACAAGAAAAAGCGAAAUGGUGUAAAGAUACAUAUGAAUAUCAUAUAUGUGCAUCAACAUAUAUAACAAAUUGUACAUUCACGUCUGUUGCAGCUGAUUUUGCUCAAUUAACAGUUUUUCUUGAUUAUAUUGAAAAAUCUGCUAAUCGUGAAUGUCCAGGUGGUCUGUAUGGUUGUACAGAUAAAUCCGAUAAUGAUACUCGUUGUCAAGAUCGAGAUCCUCCUUCAAACUCUUCUUCGUAUUUUUUAUUGUAUCUUUAA